GCGUUUGAACCGGAUCCAAUGGAAGAGACAGUAUUGCAAGAUGCAGUGCGGCAUGCUAUUUCCUAUCACGACAUUCAGGAUGUUGUUGGUCUCUCAAAACAUCCAUCCACUGCAACUGUCCAACUGCCAGAAACAAAACGAGCCGAAAUAAUGUACUGCAGACCCGGCUUCGACAACGUUCCCGCAUACUAA